AUCGAUUGUUUAAAAUUUUAAAUUUAUUCUGGUUCUGUUGUUUCGAGAAAUGACAUGUUGACAUUGUUGACAGGUUCUUCUUUACCGUUCUGUGUUCUUUGAGGUUAAGUUUUUAAUCAUAAAUGUGAUUAUUGUAAACACGUGUAUUUUUUCUCAAAAAUAAAUCUUUUUGAAUAAAAUAAAAGUUCAAAAUGCAAGACGACGACGUAACGUGGAGUAUUAUCAACAAAUCAUUUUGUUCUUAUAAGUCUCAGACAAAAGGACAAAAAUUCUGCCGAAACGAAUAUAACCUCACAGGUCUCUGCAACCGAUCAUCUUGUCCGCUAGCGAACAGUCAGUAUGCAACAGUGAGGGAAGAAAAUGGCAUAAUAUACUUGUUUAUGAAAACAGCUGAAAGGUCUGCAUUUCCUAGAAAAACUUGGGAAAAGGUCAAAUUGUCCAGAAACUUUGAAAAAGCUAUACAUCAAGUUAAUGAAAAUUUAUUAUACUGGCCAGGAUUUAUAAAGUCAAAAUGCAAGCAGAGGUUUGUAAAAAUAACGCAGUAUCUGAUAAGAAUGCGAAAUUUAAAACUGAGAAGGCAGAAGUUGAUAGUACCAAUUCAAAGUAAGGUAGAAAGAAGAGAACGAAGAAGAGAAGAAAAAGCUUUAAUAGCAGCAAGAAUAGAAAAAGGUGUUGAAAAAACCUUAUUGGAUAGGCUUAAACAAGGUGUAUAUCAAGAUUUAUAUAAUAUUUCACCUCAGACAUUUGAAGAUGCUGAACAAGAGAAAGAAUUAGAAUCGGAAGAAGAAAUAGAGCAAGAAAUCGAAAUGGAAAUCGAAGAAGAAGGACCAGAAUUUAUAGCUGCUGAAUCAGCUGAUGAAGAUAGUGAUUUAGAAAGUAAUAGUGGGAAUCCACAAUCAGUUGAUCUAGACAGUAGUUUUGAAUCAUCAGGUGAAUCAGACAUUGAAGAUUUAGCACCAACCUCAUCUAAAAAAAGUAAAACACCUAAAAAGGACAAAUUUGGAUCUGCUAAGAAAGGACCCAGAGUGGAGAUAGAAUAUGAAACUGAAAGAGAAGCUCCCCAAAGACAGAGUGUUCAUUAAACAAAAUAAAUAACUUGUAAAUUAUUUUUUAAAUAUAUUUAACAAUGUCAUAUAGGUUUUUCACUAAUUUUAGGUUGUGUACUUAUCUAUUUUUAAUCUAAUUUAUAAUGGGUGUUAGGGAAGGAGUGUAAUGCCUACAUAGUUUUUAAAAGUAAUUGUGGAUACAAAUUAAGCAAGAAAGCCUUUUAUAGUACGGGUGUGAAGUUAUCCACAUCCACAAAUGUACACUG